AUGUCGGUAGACUUAGUUGGAUGCAUGAUUCCUGCAUUGUAUCGUGAUCUAUAUGAGAUGAUCAAUUUACAUGGCUUGGAGAAAAUCACAUUUCCUGUGUUUGCACCUUUGUUUGAAUCGAAUACUUUAAACAAAAAUGUUUUGAAUCAAAUUUGGUAUACAGUAGUCAAGACGAACUCUAUCAAUUCUCGUAACGAUUUCUAUAAAUGUUUGGCGCUAAUGGCACUUGCUCAACAAGGCAAAACUGUCGACGAAAAGCUACUAAAUAAUUAUGUUAAUAAAGAACUUCCAACUCCAACACUGGACAGUAUCAAUAGUUUAGAAGAUCGCUUGAUACGUUUGAUUCGAAACGAUCAACGAAACACGACACUUUGUUUUCGAUACAAUGAUCUCUGCGCACUCGACACGGUUCAAGUGAAUGUAGUGCCUGAAAAGAAAGGUGUGAUCAUACGACACGUGGAAUAUGAAAUUAACAGCAUGCGUCAAAAUAACAAAGUUUUGCGUCGUUAUAAUGACUUCGUUGCACUGCACGAAUUGUUAAGUUUAAAGUAUCCACAUCGAAUCAUACCAGUACUUCCGCCAAAGAAAACCGUGAAUGUGGACAAAGAAUUUAUCGAAGAACGCCGUCGAUCUUUAAAGCGAUAUCUACAGAUUCUCUGUCGUCAUCCAACGGUCUGUGAGACAGAUAUCAUCAAGUUCUUUCUAACCUUUCAAGGAACAUCAUGUGGUGAUAAUAUGAAAGCAACAUAUAAAAAUGUUCAAGAUGAAUUCAGUUCGGAGCCACGAUCGUUAUACAAUACAAACGACAACACUGACAAAUGUGGGGAAGAUACGAAUGGUAUUCAAAUGUUUCGUAUAAGUCACACGCAUAUGUCAUUCAUACUACAACAAUUAACUGAAGUUCGUGAAUGUUUGAAGAGCAUCAAUGAGAAACAAAUGAAAAACGCCAAUGAAUUUUCCAAUAUGGAGAAAACUUUGCAAACAUUAAGUUCUGAUUCUACUAGCGUAGAUCGAUGGGCUACGGGUGCAAAUGACUACUGGCCAUUUAUUCAACAUGGUCUUGCUCAGUUGCCUGUAGAAAUGAGUGCGAUUUCUGAACGACUACAAGAACAAUACAGACGCGAUGAUGACGUAAUUAACGACCAUCUUGAUUUGUUAAUCGAUAUACUUUACGGAUACAAGGAGCUCUGCAAACGAUUUGAAGAAGCAUUGACGAGUGAACAAAAAGCAAUUCAAAAAGCCACUGGUAAACAAAGACGUUCUGUAUCGACAACCGAUGGAUCCUCGAAAAAUGAACUCAGCCUUGACAUGAUUCAGAAACGAAAUCGACAUGCAUUAAAAUGCAUACAAAUGGAAACACAACUAGUCUAUGCGAAUCUGGAAGCGUUUGUUUAUAUUCUAAGUAGUCUCGGUAAUAGUCAAUGUAAAGGCUGCUCAGACCUUUUCAAUAUAUGGAAAUCAUUCGCAAGUAAAAUCUCUGAACUUGGUCAAAACUAUGUGAAUGCCUCGGCAACAGAGCGAACGAAUACAAUGGGCUUAAGAAGAUAA